CCUUUUGGUUCUUAAAAAGAGAAAGAAAGAAAAUCACUUUCAUCGCUUCUCUCUCUAGAAUCCAUUUUUAAAAAAAAAUAUUAUUAUCUUUCUAUUUGUAUUCAGAUUCAGCGUUUUACAAAUCCUCGAUUUAUCUGUUUUUUUUUUCUAAAUUUUUGUUGUAAUCCGACGGUGGAGAUUGAAUCUCACGUGAAAAAAGAUCGAGGUAUGCAGCAAGGUGAUCAGACGGUGUUGAGCUUAAGGCCUGGUGGUGGUCGAGGGGGCAGACUCUUCGGUGGUCCUUCAUCAUCAUCGUCGUCGUCGUCGUCUUCUUCCCUAGCCUUUGGUUCUGUUUCUUCUGAUCUUCUUCUCUUUCGUCCUCAUGGCGGUGCUUCCCCUUUCUCUAUUAAGGCUGGAGACUCACGAUUCGAGGGUCGUGAACGUGUGCGGUACACUAGGGACCAGCUUCUACAGCUUAGGGAGGCGGUAGAAGUUAUUGAUGAGAUUCUUAAAAUCAAAGGAGAAAUCAAGUUGGAGCUCUUUGGUGAAGAUCAAAACAGGGGUCGUGCUGAAAGCAUUCCAUCAUCAAAUCAGAGUCAGAAUCGUUACUCUGAACCUGAUAAUCGUGAUUGGCGUAACCGUUCAGCACAGUUUCCUUCUUCUGGAGAGGAGAGGUCCUGGGAAGCUCUUCGGGACAGAGAAUCUGGAAACCGAUAUGACUUUAGACAACCCGAAGCUAAUCAAUUUAAUCGUCAUGAUCAACUCAAUUCUCAGUUCUCAAAGGCCUCUUAUGAUCAAAGGGGAGGACCAACUCCAACUUUGAUCAAGGCUGAGGUACCAUGGUCAGCUAGAAGGGGAAACCUUUCAGAGAAGGAGCGUGUUCUAAAGACUGUAAAAGGGAUAUUGAACAAGCUUACUCCAGAGAAGUAUGACCUUCUUAAGGGUCAACUUAUUGAUUCUGGUAUCACAUCAGCUGAUAUCUUGAAGGAGGUUAUUUCUAUAAUAUUUGACAAGGCUGUUUUGGAACCCACGUUUUGCCCUAUGUAUGCUCGAUUUUGUGCUGAUCUUAACGAUAAGCUUCCCUCAUUCCCACCCGAAGAACCUGGUGGAAAAGAAAUAACAUUCAAGCGAGUCCUCUUGAAUAACUGCCAAGAAGCAUUUGAGGGAGCUGACAAGCUCAGGGAAGAAGUGAGGCUGAUGACUGCCCCUGAGCAAGAGAUGGAGCGUAGGGAUAAAGAAAGGAUGGUCAAGCUUCGUACCCUUGGUAACAUUCGUUUAAUUGGUGAGCUUUUGAAGCAGAAAAUGGUACCUGAAAAGAUAGUCCAUCACAUUGUACAGGAACUUUUGGGGCCCGAUACUAAAGCUUGCCCUGCAGAGGAGAAUGUUGAAGCCAUCUGUCAGUUCUUCAACACUAUUGGAAAGCAGCUUGAUGAGAGCCCAAAAUCACGGCGCAUAAAUGAUUCGUACUUCAGCAGACUGAAGGAAUUGACUGCAAAUCCUCAACUAGCACCAAGACUGAGAUUUAUGGUUCGUGAUGUUCUUGAUCUUCGCGCAAACAACUGGGUCCCCAGGCGUGAAGAGGUGAAAGCCAAAACAAUUACUGAAAUCCAUUCCGAGGCUGAAAAAAAUCUCGGGUUACGUCCAGGUGCUACUGCAAGCAUUAGAAAUAGUCCUGUUUCUGGUGGUCCUAUAAGUCCUGGUACCUGGGGUAUGAUGCCUGGAAUGCCGGGAACUCGAAGAAUGCCUGGUAUGCCUGGAAUAGACAAUGAUAAUUGGGAAGUCCCUAGGACCCGAUCAAUGCCAAGGGGAGAUAAAUCUGGAGGACAUAUCCCGUCACCAUUAGUCGAUAAAUCAUCUUUAAUGAAUCCAAGGCUGUUGCCUCAAGGCAGUGCUGGCCUAAUGACUGGUAGGACAAGUGCCCUGUUACAGGGAAGUUCGACUCCUCCUGCUCAGCCAUCCAACUCUCUUUUGGGUGCUGAGCCUCCAGCCCAACCUACCAGAACUGUGCCUGUGGCUGCUGUUUCUCCCGUUGUGGAGAAACCACUAGAUCCGGCUGCUAAACUAAAUACAGACGAGCUUUGGAGGAAAACACAGGCACUGUUAGAGGAAUAUUUCAGUGUUAGGCUGCUUGAUGAAGCAUUACAAUGCGUGGAAGAACUAAAAUCUCCGUUGUACCACCCUGAGUUUGUGAAAGAAGCUAUCUCGAUUGCCUUGGAGAAAAGCCCACCUUGUGUUGAACCAGUUUCGAAGCUUCUAGAAUACUUGUUUAUUAAGAAAGUUCUUACAGCUACAGACCUAGGGACCGGAUGCUUGCUCUACGGUGCCUUAUUGGAUGAUAUCGGCAUUGAUUUACCCAAAGCACCGAACAACUUCGGAGAAAUAAUUGGGACUCUCGUUUUGGUUGGGGGAUUAGAUAUUAAAGUGUUGAAAGAAGUUCUUAAGAAGAUGGAAGACGACCUAUACAAGAAAGCUGUAUUUAAUGCAACAAUGAGGAUCAUUAGCUCAAAUCCUUCAGGACAAGCCAUAUUGGAUGCACAGGCAUCCGAGGUCGAGGCCAGUCAGAAUCUACUCUAAUGUCUCGAUACAAUGAACUUCCACUUAUCUCCACUUCAACACAACAUUGUCCACGGAUUUCCCCCUGUUUUUGAGGCCAGCAACUUGUAUUCUGAAGUGGAACUGCACAAGGACAGGUAAAGUUCUUAUCGAGUUGUACAUUUCUCCGAGGUCAUAGCGUAUUAUUAAAGAAACAAAAAAGAAGGAACGAACCGUAAUGCCACAGAAUUUUCGCUCGGCCUCAGAUCUAGCUAAUAUAUGCCAAAAAAGUAGUGAAGGGAAGAAUGGAUACCCCUUUUAAGGAAUCUAGUUGUUUUGUAUUUGAUUAGUUUUUCUUUUUAAGUUUGGUUGACUUAAGAACUCAGUCCCAUAAAUCUCCUUAAACCACUGAAUUUUCCUGGUUUUUUUUUUUUUCUUGGCAUAUGAUGUUUCAUUUUUUCACAGUUUGGGAAUCAAUGCAUUCACUGAAUCCAUGACUUAGGGACCUAAAGGUUCAUGUAUUUGUUUUGUGUUUUUGAGAUAUUUUUAUGUUUAUGUGAAAUUUUGAUACGUUAAUAAUUUGUAUUAUAUAAAUUUUGAGAUAUUCAUGGUAUUCGAAAUGUUAUUUUCUCA